AACUCCGCACCUGCACCUGCACCUGCACCUGCACCUGGGCAGGGUAAAAGUGUUCUGCCCUCAUAUCGAUCGCGUAAUCGCCGCGACAUGUUACGCGUAUGAGUGAGCGGCCAUGGGGGCGACCAACAUCCAGGAUGCAAAGCUCCUGAUUUCAUCCUCGCGGGUAGUCGACCGAACGAGCGGCCUUAAAGACCUCAUCCACAUCCUCAAGCACAAUCGCGGGAAACCUAGUCUCGAGGCUCUCGGGAACAAAUCCUAUCUAGCACUAUGCGAGACGCUCUUCCAAUGCCUGCACGAUGGGCGCUCCGCCUUCUUCCACGGUAAGACCAAGGCGACCAAGGCUGGUUCUACUGCGGCCCUCCUUCCCCUCUCGGCAUCGGCCCUGCGUCAUGUUAUUGCGUCGGGCGUGCGAACCAUCAAGAGCUCUACGGUCGAGAUGAUAAUAGACACAAUAAUCGAGGUGCUUCCUGCGACGACUGGACUUGUUGAGCCGCUUCUGGAAGCCCUCCCAAAAACACUGCGAUCUCUCUUGGAGUAUCAGCCCCAUGUUGAGCGCCUAUCAAAGGAGUGCUGGGACGCCGCAGUCGGUUUUUGUAUCGAAACUCUGGCCGGCUUCUUCCAAGAGUCGCCCGCCGAAGGUGAGCUGCAAAACAGCUGGAGCACUAAUGUCUCAAGUCGCGCCCGCACUCCCCUUGAAGCCGACUUCACGUCCUCUAGAGCUUCUCCACGCUUGCCCGUGACCAAGACCAAGUCAACCCCUCCAGAGCACGUUCGCGCAACGGAAGACUUUGUCCAUUGCCUGCAUCAUCUCGUCAAGGCUUCCAAUGCGCCAUUGCUAGACAAGGCUGACGCCGUUCUGGCUGUCUUACUAAAGUUCUUGCAGCAGAGGACUACGCGUGGAAGUACGGGCGUGGCUGCCCUGGCCGCUGUCAACGCCAUUCUCGCACGCAUCACGUUACAAUCUCUCGAGUUGACCAAGCGCACGGUGCAAACAUUGCUCCCGCUUCUCAAGCUUAUGUGGUCCGAGGCUAUCCUACGGGAUGAGAUUAUGAUCAGUUUGAUAUAUACCGAGGCGCACAUCGAGAGUCUCCUCACUGACUCGGAUGACGAAUCCACCAGCUCUGACCUGGAAGGCCUCAUUGAGAUGAUGUAUAGCGACUACCGGCGCAGGCAAGAAACUACCGCGCACCAAUAUCUUGAAGAAGAUUAUCUCUGCUUUCGACACUUGGGGCCUGCCCGCAAUGACACCCACCCCCUGAACACAUGCGCAUUCUCCAUGGAGACGGAGCAUCAGCGAUAUGAAGGACUAUGGUCUACAGUAUCCACCAUUGCGCGUUUUUCAUUCAUGCUUGAUGAGCGAAGAAUUUCCAUCGCCCACGACCGUAGCGACAGCGAAGAGAGCUUUAGCAAACGUAUUCGCAUUACUCAAUUGUUCCCUGAAUACCUUCGUCAUGUGUCUGAGCCCAGAUCGAAUGUCAAGCGAGCAGCUUUACAAGUCGUUGCGUUUAUGGUCCAGGAAGGCCCCUUCGACGAGGAAGAACUUCAAACGCUAUUGGAGAAGCUCACUUCGUGCAUCUCAGAUGAGAACCCAGUACAUUCGGUGUGGGCAAUGAUAGGUUUGGCAGGAGCCGCGCUUCAGCAAUCAGCAUCGCACUCAACUCUUCUUCCCUACUGGAUAUCUGCAUGGCAAAGCGCAUCUCGUGCAGUCACUUCCGUAUCCAUAUCCCGCGCGGCAUGUCAUCUCAUGGACGUUCUCCUGCGACUGAACAUCGUUCCCUUCUCAGCAGUGUCGGAGACAGUUCAGUCUCUACUACUGUCGAUAGAACUAAGCGGACCGGCUUUACUCACCGAAAGCAGCUCAUCACUACUCACUACCAUUCUUCAGGAGCGUAUCAAAGAAAACCCGACACAUUUCAGUUCGACAGCUGAGCGAAUUCUUAACUGGCUCCUCACCAAAUGGACCCCUAGUUUGUGGUCUGAACGGACAUACUCGGCGCUGAAUGCUCACCACUGCAACGCUCGUGAUGUGCUGCGCGUGCUCUACACCUGCCUGGACGUACCCUUCAACCCGCCGGAGCCGGCCACUUAUCUGGUACUUGGGCCUAUUGGGCAAGCUAGAACGCAAAUGGCGCGUCACAAAGAUCUCGCUCAUUAUCUUCUGCUUCUCCGACCUAUGGAAGAUUUUGUAGCUAAGAUCGAAGAAGGACCGCGUCUCUCCUCCGAUGAGCCCACAGGCGAACUCUCCUCCACACAACUUAGAAAUAGGAUUCUUGAUUUCUGCGUAUCUGAACUCGAACGAGCGCAGCACCGUUGGAAGGAUAUGGCUGCGUCAAACAUACAAGGCAUUACUUCAGAUAUGAUGCGCAUCGUCACAAAUUUGUGCAUCAUCGCGCCAGCUGUUGCGACUCUUAGCGAUCCGGACGACCGUCGUGUGCGUACUCUUCGAUCAUCUGCAGCUGCCCUGAUUGAGUCUUUUGCCGCUACACUAGCCAAGCCUCAGAUGGAACAAUACAAAGUCGAUGCAGUCCUUGAGGCCUGUGCAAAGGGCCUUCCUGACAUUAGCUCCUCAAAGCGAGUGGGCUCCGGUGUGUACGAGUUGAUAGGCAUCGAUCAGCUGGCUCAGCAUUUACCCAGGGCUCUUCAGCAACGCAAAGAGGUCAAACAAUCCUUCUACGCGGAUGAGGAUGACUUCAUGGACGUGGACGACGAGCCUGACUCACAGAUGACCGCUGGAGCUACAGUCCCCGACAACGAUGUACCUCGACAUGAUGUGCAGGCAGAAACCGAUCUAUCUGCUCUGCGUGCAUCAUGCCUAGCACACUUGCAGUUCAUUUCGUCUCUGACCAAGCACACUGAGUUAGAGCCUGGAACAGUACCCCCGGAUUUCGUCGAUUACCUCGUCUCCCUCACAGAGAACGACCUUAUUCGUUCGCGUCAAUUUCUUCGUUCAGUGUGGAAUAGUAACUUGAAGAUAUCCAGGAACGACUGUCUCAAUCUGCUGGAACGAUUCAGCGAAGCUCUUAUUGAUCCUCGCGCUCGUGAAUACAACACCUCCGAAGUCGCCAACAGCAUGCUUGUCGAGGUUCUGAUUGGGACAACACUCGUUUGGCUACCUGAUGUGACCGAUCGAGAAGCUCAGGAUCUCUACGACAAUGUGGAGGCCCUGUAUGUCUACUACGUCAAAGAGAUGGAGAAAGGAGGUGUGAGACGAUCCGCGAACUUGCAAACAACCAUCGCCGUCUUUCUACAUGGCCUAUUAAAACAUCAUCCCGACUUUGCGCAAAACCGCAAAGUUCCAUCCGUACGAACUAGUCUCUUCGAGCUGCUUUCAACAGGCGAGAUGACCGUCAAAUACCACAUUGCUGAGCAUUUGCCAAGAAUGUUCGAAGAUUUCGUUCUCUCCGAACACGAUAAGAUUCUACAAGAUGUCGACAGUAGCUUACCUGGAGACGAUGAGGGUCUUGAGGGGAUAGCAGUUCGGUUGCUUGUCCUGUCGCGACUGGCAUCCAAGUGGCAUACGCUGCUGCGUCACAGCGUGUAUCGUAUCUUUGCCACAGCAGGAACUAUCAAUGGCGCUACCUACCACGCCAAACGAUGCAUCUUAAACGUGGCGCAGUCAAGAGGUCUCGGUGAUUCACAAAGCUUAUUCCGGCUUUUCGCACCACAAGUUAUCUUCACCUGGCUCGACCGAGGCCAAAAGGUCGGUCGUAUUCCAUUUACGAUCUUCGGUUAUGCGUCACUCUCCGACCUUCUUCGUGAUAUCGAAGCCGAAGUAGUGGGCCAAGCCAUAAUGUUCGGACGCAAGGAGGAAGUGGAGUUCCUGGCUGAACAUCUAGACACGUCAGCACAAGAGAUGCUUUCGAGAAACAUUGGCAAAGCAGCCGCAUAUACCAUCGCGUGGGAUACUUGCCGGGGCUCCGCUCGAAACAAAGCCGACUCUAGCUUCGGAAAUUUGCUGAAAGACAUGGUCGGUAGUGACAAAUACUAUGGCCUGGUGCAGAAGCAUUUUCCCCAAAUUUUGGGCCACAUGUUCCAAACAAUCGAUCACGAGGAGCGCCUACCCAAGUCGCUGGAGAAGAAGCCAGCUUUCAAUCCCGCCGCUGCAGUUCUAGCCGAAAUUGCUGAAAUUGGCCAAUCUGCGCAAGGCCUUAACAUAGGUAUUGAGCCCUCGUUCUCCGCCUUCUAUCUUCCCGAUCAGCUGGAACGUUUGUGUAGGCGGACCGGCGAUAGACCUGCUGGCUUCUGGUCACCGAGCACAUAUACAUAUGUGAUGCGCUCUCUGCUUGACCGCAUCCAUCCGGCUCUCGGCUCACUUUAUGCCCGGUCAAUGAUAAGGAAGAUUCGAAUCAUUGUUGCGCUGGCUGGACCUGUGGCACAUGAGGGCUACCCGUUGCAAAUGACGCUGCAGUCUUUACGUCCUUUUCUCACCGAUAUGCAAUGUGCUGAAGAUACAGUUGGCAUCAUGCAGUAUCUUUUCGAACACGGCGCUCAGUAUCUCCGUCAACAGCUCAGCUUCGUCACGGGCAUCGGCCUCUCGAUUCUCAUCUCUCUCCGAGUAUUCCUGGGCUCCUCUCAGGAUAGUACCACCCAGCAGUCCCAACAUCUAGCAACCAUGAAUGCAGCCAAUAGGUUCCAUACUUGGCUCACUGAGUACCUUAAGGCUCACGCGCAGGCCAUCACUGGUGUAGAACGCUCUUCCGCCAUCAAAGCGUUUAAGCUUAUCACCGCGACUGCUGCUCAAGUCAACGCCGAAGGCAACUCAUUGCGAGGUAGUGAAGAAAGCAAGCUUCUUCUUGAGAUACUAGACGACGCGAAGUCAGGACGCAAGCUCCUGAACAAAACAUCACGAGAUGUUGCGUUGGAUCUGCUUUGCCAGAAUUUCCGUCCUGCUCCGAGCGCCCGAGAUGAUGUCCUUGGCUUGGACCACGAUGCUGCAGAGUAUGCACCCCUCGUUUGGGAGUCGUGUCGCAGAAGCAAGGUCGGUGACGGUUAUCUGUUAUGGACCGCGCGGGUCCUGGGACGUGCAUACAGCGCCUACGGAGAGGUAAAGCAGAGCUCGGCUCAAGCUCGGCCAUGGUCAUCAUCAGUACAGACUUCCAAAUCGGUUCCUGGAAAGUCAUCCAGAGAAGCUAUUGUUAACGAAGUUAUCGAUUUGUUCUACAGCGACGAACGCAAUGAGGUCAGCCUGGCGGAGGAUGCUGUACGACGCCUGAUCUCUCGCUUGGUGCCUGAUUCGCAGUACAUGAGCGAGAUGCACCGAGUCAUUCCGGAGGCCAUUGGUAAAGCCCUUCUGUACAAGCCCCCGGAACCAGAUACUACCUCGCAUCUUGUGACAGAUGGUCUUCGCGAAGCCGUCUCACCUACGCCGGUCAAACCGGUAUCUCACUGGAUUAGAGACCUGACAAUGGCACUGUGCAGAGUUGCAAUCGACGAUCCUAUUCUGGGCGCUCUUCCAGACUUGCUCCGCGGUAUCAACCACAUGGCGGAGAAACUCCUGCCCUACAUACUUCAUCUCGUGCUACUUGACGAGUAUGAAACGGAGCGCAACGUUCAUGACAUCGUGUCGAAGGCGAUGGCGACAUGGUUCCGCAAUUGCGGCCCAGAUACUAUACCACACGUCUGCAUCCUUAUCCAAUCCAUCCUCUACCUCCGAAGCCAGCCAGUCCCCAAAGAGGUUACCAGAGUGGAGCGAGACAAGUGGUUAGACAUCGACUUUCUGGAGGCUUCACAAGCCGCGAACGACUGUGGCAUGUUCAGGAGUGCGCUUUUGUUUGCGGAGACGUCUUCUGGCCAGCCAACUAUCAAAAGCAGCACAAGGAGAUCGUCUGUUAGGGUCGACCCUCCGAAAGUGCCGCUGCAGCUCCAGCUUUCUAUCUACAAGAACCUUGACGAGCCAGAUUCAUUCUACGGUGUCGAUCGGGGUUCCAGCUUGUUGUCGGUACUAGAUCGUCUCGACUACGAGGGUGACGGCGUAAAGAGCCUUCUAUUUCGUGGUGCUCGUUUAGACAGUCAAAUGCGCCGGCGCAACGAGUUUGAGGCAAUAGACUCCCGGGGAACGAUCAAAUCUCUCAUCAUGUUGAACAUGAACAGCGUCACGCACUCUUUACUCUCCAACGACCAGUUCCGCGAUGCUGGGGACGAUGUGGUUGAGAGUACACUUCACACCGCGCGCAAAUUAGGCCAGUGGGAUAUCAAGGCGCCGGAAGUAAACCACACAGAGGCAAGCACCUUGUUCAAAGCCUUUCAAGGACUGCAUUUUGCGAAGAGCGCUGCAGAAGCUCAAGAGAACUUCGACCGCCAACUACAGGUGACCAUGAACUUCCUCUGCGGAAAAGAUACCUCAUCGAUAUCAACGAAGACUCGCCUGCGGACCCUAGGAGCGCUCACAGAGGCAGAUGAGGUGAUUACAGCUGAGCGUUCGGAACACUUGCUAGAUAUCUGGGAUCGUAUGAAGGCUCGAGAGAAGUGGAUGCGGGCUGGCGAAUUCAACGACGUCCGUCAGCUACUUUCAUGUCGUGAGACGCUUUUCAAUGUACUCGGUACGAAUGUCGCCCUUGUCGAUUCGCUACACACCCGGACUGCGACUGUGCGAGGCAUGGAGGUGGAGGCUCUGGUUUCAUCGUCCAGUCUCUGCAGGAAGCAUGGAGCACUUCAAGAGUCGCUCGCAAGUGUCACCUACCUCUCCGAUAUCGUACCUGAGUGCAAGGCUAUAGGUCUUGAUAUUGAAGCCACAGCCCAACAUGAGGUAGCGAACGUGCUUUGGGAACAAGGCGAGACUGAGAUCUCAAUAAGGAUGCGUCAGCAUUUAAUCGACAACGCAGAUUUCGACUCACAAAAUAUUGAUCUUAGUCUGCCGGUGUUGCUUGCUCGACUGGGACACCAUCUUGCUGAAGCUCGCCUCGCCAAGCCCGACGCAAUCAUGAAAGAGUACCUGGAGCCCGCGAUCCGUGAGCUCAAGGGUCAAAAGGAGGGUUUAGGCCCGGGCCAAGUCUUCCAUGAGUUUGCUCUAUUCUGCGACAAGCAGUUGCAGAGUCCCGAAGCGGCGGAAGACAUGAAUCGUAUCAAGACUGUGAUGGACCGAAAACUGCAAGAGUAUCAUGACUUCGCGAAACUCUCGAAAACCGACAAGAGCAAAGGAAUGCGCGAAACUUACCACCGAAACGCCCGUCGCGCGAAAACCUGGUAUGAUCUCGACAAUGCGGAAUAUGAGAGGAUGCGCAAGGGCCGCGAGCAAUUCCUUCGCCAGUGUCUCGAAAACUAUCUUUUGUCUCUUCUUGCCAGCGACGAGUACAACCACGAUGCGCUUCGCGUGUUUUCUUUAUGGCUAGAAUACUCCGAUACGCCUCUGGCGAACCAAGCUGUCAAGGCAUACCUCAAGGAUGUGCCGAGCGGAAAGUUCGCCCUGCUGAUGAACCAACUAUCCUCACGACUACAAGCCGAAGAGAAUGACUUCCAGCAUCUGCUGAUGGAGCUGGUCUUCCGCAUUUGCGUUGACCACCCAUUCCAUGGCAUGCAUCAGAUCUUCGCAAUUCAAAUGAAGGUCGCCGCCACCUCUAGGGAAGAUGUCGUUCGAGCCAAGGAUGAAUCUGCAAAAUCCCGUCAGAAAGCUGCGGGCGGCCUUGCGACGGCGCUCAGCACUGAUAAGAGAGGGCGGUCGUACUGGAGCUCCAUCUUCCAGUCUAAUGAGGUGUAUCAUCAUCUCGCCAUGUUCAAGGGUGAGAAGGAGAGUACUCAGCAAGGUCGUGAGUUGCCCCUUGAUAGGUACAAGGAGUCACGAGACUUGGUGAACCGGGUGCCGAAACUUAACGUACCCCCGGCUACUCUUCAGAUUGAAGUUCGGCCGAACAUGAACUACAGCGACUUGCCAAAAAUCGCAGGCUUCAAGUCGACCAUGACGAUUGCGAACGGACUCAGUGCGCCAAAGGUCAUCACUGCUAAGGGCACAGAUGGCAAACCGUACAAGCAACUGUUCAAAUCCGGAAACGACGAUCUACGCCAGGACGCAAUCAUGGAGCAAGUGUUCGAUCAAGUAUCGCGAUUACUAAAGAAUCACACCGCAACGCGUAUUCGCAAUCUCGGCAUCCGCACAUAUAAAGUUCUGCCACUCUCAACACGUUCUGGCCUCAUGGAGUUUGUACAGAACACAAUUCCGCUACAUCUCUGGGUCAUGCCAGCCCACGAAAAGUACUACCCGGGCGACUACAAGCCUGAGAAAUGUCGCAAGGAGAUUGGCGCAUGCCAGCAGGACUCCCUCACCACACGCGUCAAAGUGUGGCAAAAGAUUGCGGACAACUUCCACCCCGUGAUGCGCUACUUCCUGCUUGAGCGCUUCGAAGACCCAGACGAGUGGUUUGAGCGUCGCCUGGCAUACACACGCUCUACAGCCGCCAUCUCCAUCCUUGGACACGUCCUUGGUCUUGGCGAUCGGCACUGCCACAACAUUCUCCUCGAUGAGAAGUCGGGCGAAGUGGUGCACAUCGAUCUCGGUGUAAGUUUCGAAGCUGGUCGCGUCCUGCCAGUACCAGAAGUCGUGCCAUUCCGGCUGACGCGUGAUUUGGUGGACGGUAUGGGAUAUACGAAGACGGAGGGAGUCUUCCGCCGAUGCUGCGAGUUUACAAUGGAUACGUUGCGUGAAGAGCGGGAGUCUAUCAUGACGCUCCUCAACGUCCUGCGAUACGAUCCUCUUGUCAACUGGAGCGUCACGCCGACGAAGGCGAAGCGCAUGCAAGAAGCGAACCAAGAAACCGCACGUUCAACUACCGUCGCACCAGGAGGUACGCCCGCGCCAUCGGGCCAGUCAGCGGCCGAAGAAGCAGCAGCGGUGGCGCAGGAAGACAAUAAGAAGAGGGAGAAGGAGGAACAGGCCGGUGAGGCGGGACGGGCGCUUAGUGUGGUGGAGAAGAAACUGAGCAAAACGCUUAGUACCAAGGCGACGGUGAAUGAGCUCAUACAGCAGGCGACUGAUGAGCGGAAUUUGGCGGUGCUGUACAUGGGGUGGGCAAGCUAUGCCUAGACGACUACAUGGGCCCUGUGCAGGUGUGUAAUGAAUAUUUAAAGGUCAUGUAGUCGGCAUACAUGACUGUGCAAUUAAUGGUUACGCCUCAUACAAG